AUGAACCACCUCGAGAUUUUGAAAGUUGUCAUCAUUGGAGAAGAGCAGACUUCUUGGGCAUUACAUUACCGGUUUACAACCAUACGUAACGAAGGGGGAGCCGUCUUCACUCCGCGAGACACGACUCUCCGAACCAUUCAAGUUCUGGCGGAAGGCGAUAACCCGGAGGAGGUUGUGCUCGAGCUCUUCCAGAGAGGAGAUAUUGACAACCCCGAGCUGUUGCGGCUGUGUUGCCUGCAUGGUGAAGCAUUUGUGAUCACUUUUAGUAUGAAUUCGAGACUCUCUUUCGAUUCUAUCAAGAAAUUCAUGAACGCGGUUGUGGAGGCUAAGGGUAGGCCUUGUCCUAUCGCCCUGGUUGGGAUGCAGAAGAAGGGACUAUUGGAAGUGACAGCAGAUGAAGCCACCAACCGAGCUGCAGAACUUGGGUUGCGUCAUUUUCAUGUCCAAAGCCAAAACCAAGUCAUGGGCCCAUUUGCCUACCUUGCUUGGCGUCACAUUCAGGCGAGGGGGGAGCGAACUAGGCUGUCCAAGACUAUAGCCUGGUAUUGCCAGAGCCUGUGGGAUCGCGUCGAUUUCCGGGUCUGGAUCUCAUCGUGCUUCAGGAGGCGGCAGUUCCGUGUGGAACGCCUUGAGGAUACGAAUGCAAGUGAGGCCACCGUCUAUGAGUUAGGUAGGCAACCUUUCACCGAUUCAAAGCAUCACCGGCGAAACUCUUCCACAUCGGACGCCUGGACAUUAGUCACAACAGACAAGCAGACUCAUCGGCACUAUCAUCUGCUCGAAAACUCAGAAGAUCGAGCUGUCCUUCAACAUUUUCGUCGACAAAUCCCGUGGUCUGUCCUCUGCCCUCCAGACCAGUGCUCUUCUGAAGAGUUUUUACAGCUUGCUCAAACCUGGCCUCCUGACCACCCAAACAAGAAGGGCUCACCAGCUUUAUGGGACACGGUCCGCCACAUUUUCAAAGACGAACUCCAGCGUAUGAUUAGCAACUUUCCUGCACACCAGUCUCAGUGUGACAAGUGCCGAGAGAAAGUAUGUCCGGACUUGUAUCGUCUUAUGUACAUGCUCUUGCAAGACCAGAUCGGAUCAACAAUACGUGUUCAGCUCGAUGACCAUGAUCUCAUUUCUCCGAAAGGUACGACGAAUUCUACUUUUCAGCUUACGAAAGUUCAGCCGCAGGAAUCAUCCAUUCUACUCGGUUUCGAAACUCAAACAAAUGAAAGAAGCUUAGUAAUUGAAUGGGACGAUGUUUGGAGGUUAAAUACGUUUGGGAUAUACAUGGCUUUCCCCGUUGAAAUUGCCGAUUUUCUCCCUCUGUGGUUCGGAAAUCCUCUUUGA